GAUAUGGUUCAUUUGUUGAUCCCGUUUAUCGAUCAAGAUUACAGAUGUAGCGGCGAAAACUUCCUAGGAGAUAGGAUGGCGAAUAGGCAGAAGAAGCAGAUGCAUACGAUCGAGCAUCUGUUGCAACUGCCGAGAACUGGCGCUAAGCGAGAUGAAAUUCUUGGUGAUAGUCAAGGGAGGCCUCCGAAAAAGGUGUAUCCUCGCGCCCGUAUCUUCCAGCACCACGUCCAAGACGGCUCGUCUUCGAGAACAGAAGACUACAAGAUAAGCAGCAGUUCGAAGUACGGAGAAGCUAGUAAAGUGGAUACCGACAGGAACAUCUGCAGAGAUCCUGGACCAUCCAGGUCGAACCGGCAAUAUCCACUGGCGCAAGUGAAGAAAAGGAAGAUAGAACCGGGAAACCUCUUCAACAUGUCCACGACCGUCAAGUCCCCGCUGAAACAAGACCAGAUCGAAGACAAGCGCAGGAAAAAGCUGGACGACGAAUGCCUGAAACCCCUCAUACUCCCGCAGAAAAAGAGGGCCCUCCCAGCGUCUUCCGCCAACAGCCCCGCGAAGAAACUCCAGAAGGUACCCUCGCAAAACUCAUCGACCGACGAGAGCGUGGCCGACGAGAACCUGAUAAGGGAGACGGAGGCUGCUCUGAAGAAUUUGUCGGGUAGCUGGCCUGGACCUAGAGGAUCCUCGUACGUCAAACAGGAAGAGCCAGCUUUUGAGAACCUCUUCGAUGAGAACAAGGCCAACGUUAAGAUGUCCCCGUCUUCUACGUCAAACAGCAGCUCAGACAACACUUCCUCCCUGAAAGACGUGAUUACUUUGAGGGAUCAACAUGAGGAGGAACUUGGGGAUAAGGGUGGAAAGGGUAGGGUGGAAAAGAAGAUCAGGAGCGACAGCGACUGUUACAAACCUCCAGAUUUCAACGAGUUGGUGGACGAUUCGUCCAACGAGCUUGAGAUAGACAUGUCGGAAUCUGCAUCCGAGAAGAAUGAAGUUAGGAACGACGCAAAGCCAAAAUCGGAUAAGGAGGGCGAAGAUUUGAACCCGAAGACCUUCGAGGGUUUGGUCAAGACCACGCAGUCUUCACCCUUCUCCUCUACCUCGGCGUUUCGACCUCCCCACGCGACCAAAGGCAGCAACCUUGUCAAUCUAGGGCCCUUUCCAGCGGAGGCCACUUUCGUGGGGUAUCCGGAAGCCAUGGGGGUACCAUCGCCGAGCAACGAGGGCAAAGUACCGGUCUUGAAGCCGGCAGAGUUGGAGACCACGUCGACGAAAUCGCCGGAGGGUGCCAACAAGCAGUACACGAUUCUUCAGCCAGCCACCCUGGGAUCUAGGGCGACCACCACCGCCGCGUUGCAGGAGAAUCAGAAAGAAGGGAGGGCGACCGCCGUUAGCGGAUCUUCGACGAGCAACCCCGCCGGGAAGGCCUUGACGGUUGCAGGGGGAGCCUGGUCGCCGAACAGCAUCGGAAGAGAAGGAGUGAAAUGUCCCACUCCUGGUUGUACAGGUCAAGGUCAUGUCACAGGACUCUACUCCCAUCACAGAAGUCUUUCCGGAUGUCCUAGAAAGGAUAAAGUAACACCAGAAAUCCUGGCAAUGCAUGAAACGAUCCUCAAAUGCCCCACGCCGGGAUGCAACGGCCGGGGUCACGUGAGCACGAACCGGAACACGCACCGGAGCCUUUCCGGCUGCCCGAUUGCGGCGGCCCAUAAACAGGCGGCCCGAGAACAAAAAUAUCAAUCCAAUUUGUCCGGCAGCUCCAAAUCUCCACCGCACUUUGACGACUUCUCCUCCACAUCCUUCGAACCCAAGAAGCAGCCCAUGGUGAACAGCGAGGACAUCAAACCCGGCUACACGGUGGGCUACAACUCGAGCAGCCAAGACUCCUCUUCCACCAAACAGACAUACGACCAGUUCUACAGCUCCUCCGAACUGAACCAGCUCAAACCCGAACUGAAGGUGCCAAAGAGCGAGGUGAACAGCAGCAGUUGCUGCGGCAUGCAGGGUCAGUCGGAGCUGCUGGUCCCCAAAACGGAAAACCCGAGCAGUUGCUGCUCCCCGUCCUCCGGUCUGAGGAUGGGCUACGAGCCCUACGUCAAUCAAGACUCGAACUCGUCUUCCAUAUCCAGUAUGGAGGCCUCGAACUCCAGGAACAACCCGCACCAGUUAUCGCACCCUGUAGGGCCGCACCACAACCAGCAAUCUCCGUAUAACCUGGAGAACCACAUGGCUCAGAGGUCGCCCUACCACCAUCCCUCGUCCGAGGAUAUGUACCACAGGGAGCGGGCGUACGCGGACAUGAACGAUUCCAUGACGGGUUCGACGGUGGCCAGGCCUAUAGUUACGUAUUCCAACGACAUAAUGAGGCCGUACGACUCGGGACUGAUGAACUCGACGAGUCACAGGCCGUACGAUCCGGGCACCGGCACUCCGACGGCCUUCGAACGCUACGAACCGAAUCAGUGUGUACAGCAGCCUCUGCCGCAGAGGAUUUCCUCCUCGCAGAAUUUGUACAGCUAUGGGGGCAUCGGCGAGCAGCAGGAGCAGAGGUAUCAGCAGGAGACGUCGUUGUCGCAGCAGCAUAUGGCGGCCGUUUCUCAGAGCAUGAUCAAGACGGAGGCUCAGGAACCGACCGUUCCGAUAUACCCAAGGCCGAUGUACCAGUACGAGCAGACAUCGGGAGGUCCACUGCCCGUGGGAUUUUCAGCCAUCAACCUUUCGGUGAAAUGUGUGACGACUCAGGCACAAAUGAAGGGUGCUGGGCCCCACACGUCUCCUGGGGGUUCAGUUAUCGAUCUAUCGACAUCGAGCGUGACUACAAGUCCUCAGGUGGCAUAUAACUCACCUCAUUACGGCGGCCAACGAGUUGGCGGAAGUCCGCAAGCAGCGGCCAGUCCCCAUCUGUCCGCCAGUCCCCAAGUUCCCAGUCCGCAGGGACAGACGCUGGACCUAAGCAUCAGCCGGCUCUCCCACAGCAACGCAAGUCCCCAGUACCAAACCAGAGAGGGGUCGAUGCCGGUGCCCCCCGGCUUCAUAGGUCCCCCCCGUGAUGAACAGACAGAACCGGUCGAUUUCUCAACGGCAAACGAACCCGUUAAUUUCAGUGGCGUCCGACCGGUGGCUACGUUCGCCGGACCCAUUCUGACCCCCGGCUCUGGAUACAGCAGGGAGUCGUCGCCGGAGAGCGCCGGAUCUCACUAUAUGGACGCCUACAGGGACUCCUCAGGCUACACCCCAAUGAGUCCGCACCCAGGCUACGGUAUGACUUCGGUGGCCAGCGACUACCCAUCCAACCCCUACACAGCGCCUUAUCCAGGUCCAGGUGGAUACGGAUGUAGCACAGGCGGUUAUCCCGGCUCUGUUACCACGGGAUAUCCUGUACCGCCAGGGGGUUACUCCCCGAACCCUUGCUACUCGAUGCCCCCUCCUCAACACUCCCUAUCGCAACACGAAAAGUCUUCGAGUAAGGACGGAAGCAUUUCCGGUUGUCCCAGAACGGACAGGACACAUAUACAGGCCCAUUCGCAGGAGCUUAAAUGUCCAACGCCGGGCUGUGAUGGUUCCGGCCACGUGACGGGGAACUAUUCCUCGCACAGGAGUCUCUCGGGCUGUCCUAGAGCUAACAAGCCGAAGAGCAAACCGAGAGAUGGACAAGACUCGGAACCCCUAAGAUGCCCUAUUCCUGGUUGUGAUGGAUCUGGCCAUGCGACAGGAAAAUUUUUGUCCCAUAGAAGCGCCUCCGGAUGUCCGAUAGCCAACAGGAACAAGAUGAGGGUCCUCGAGAGUGGCGGAUCCGUGGACCAGCACAAGGCGGCCGUGGCGGCGGCGACCGUCAUGAAAUUCGAGGGGGUGAAUUGUCCCACCCCCGGAUGCGACGGCACUGGACACAUAAACGGGUCCUUCCUGACCCACAGGUCCCUGAGCGGGUGUCCGGUUGCCGGGCAGGGGGUUAAAAAGUCCAAAUACCCUGACGAUAUGUCUUCUUUUUACUCGAAGAAUUAUUCAGGCUUGGAAAACAAUGGCAAUAACGAGGAUCUCAUGACCUUGGAGGCGGAAAUAUCCGAACUGCAGAGAGAAAAUGCAAGAGUUGAAUCUCAAAUGAUCAGGCUGAAAUCAGAUAUUAAUGCCAUGGAAAGCCAGCUCAACCACGGUGAAAAGGAAACCCAGGCGAUGGCCCAGAGAAACAACAACCUGAACGAAUAUUACGAGAGUCUGAGAAACAACGUCAUCACCCUCCUGGAGCACGUCCGCCUGCCCGGUGGCGGUCCGAACCCGGAGAAAAUUGGACAGGAGAAUUUCGAUUCUUACCUCACCAAGCUGCAAACCCUCUGUACCCCCGAAUCCUACUGUAACGAAGACAGUCGGCCCCUGUACGAAACUGUUAAAUGUGCGUUGCAAGAUUUCACAGUAUUACCCACGCCGAUCUAAGCUCUGUGUUCUCAUCAUUUUUUGUAUCGACUGUCAGUUUUGACGAGGAACUGCUUCAGUAACAGAAGAUUGAGAGAAUUUUUCCGUUCGGUGAGUAACAAAAAUUUUCAAUAGCGCAUCCACCAAAUAAUUGAAUCGAAUGCAUCCACCAAAUAUUGAUCGUCAAUUUUCGAUGGCUAUCUAACCCUGCAAUGAUGAAUAUCUCGAAUGCUGUCCUCCAAAUUCUAUCGAAAUAGCUCUAAAUACAAGGUCAUGUUCAACACUGCGAUUUUUACCGAAAAUAAGAAAUGGCGGAAGCAUCUCAUCCUAGUUGAACUAUAUUUGUAUAGAUGUCUCUGAAAUCGUGUUGAUUGUGACUGAAUUUAUAAAAAACAAUAAAUCUAGUUUCGAAAUUCCUGUGAUUUUAGUAUCUUUCCUGGACUGUUGAGGUCCAAUUUCGCAUUCCUGGAAUGUUUAUUUAGAUUUUUCCAAAUUCAACGAUCCAAGUGACAUCUGCACGAUUUUAGAUGAACCGCUUUAAAUGGAGGAAAUGCAUCCACCAUUUCUUCCGAAAAUCUCAGAUUCCAUUUUGAAAUUUUACCAUUUUGGAAUGAUUUCUCGAAGGGGAAGGGUUGCAAUAAUUAUUUUGUUCUGUUCUCUCAAAGAUAAUGUAUCAAUAAUUAUUAUCGCCCAGUACUGAAGCAAUUCCUACUAUUAAUUUCGACAUGAAGAAAAAUCCUCAAAUGGUUUAAAUGAAGAACUUGUGCAUUUGUAUUUACCCUAAAUGUGUUUUUGUUGAUUACAACAUGAACGUUUGGGUAUUAUUUGGAAGCAAUGUUCGAUGUUAGAAUUACUAAUUGUUGGAAACAAAGUUUCGAAGCAAUUGAUUCGAAUAUUCAGUUAGCAUAUUCGUUAGAAUAACUCUUUGUACGUACUCAUAAAAUGUGAUCUUUUGUAAAUAGGUAUGUACGGAAAAAGUGUAAAGAAAAAUUACAACUCUGUUUUAGAAUAAUAUUGUAUAUUUAUAUUGUAAAUACUGUUUUCGUUUUGUUAUGAUUAAAGUGUAAGUAUUUGAAUUGUUUUUAUUCAAAUCAUAUAAAAUGUCUCUCUGUUGAUCAAUUUGUACAGAAUAUGCUGAUUAAGUCAUAUUGAAUUGUUUGAAUUAUUCGAUUAGUGCAAUAAAUAUGUUCCUUUUUUAUUCUGCGAUAAUUAUACUUUGCUAGUGAUAUUAAAAUUCUAGUGUUGUUUUGUGUUCCCUUACACAGUUUCAUCAUAAGAAAACACAGUGUUUGAUGACUUCGUAAAUUCACUAGUAGUUUGAACCCUUGUGCAAUAAUCCAUCUUUCAGAGAAUGAGUAGAUCCCAAAAUUCCGAAAUUCGUUAAUGAAAUUGAGUCCCCAAACUGUGUUUUAUGCUGAAUGGAGAUAUUUAUACAUUCAUGUAAAUAAUAUUAAUGAAAACGAUUACAAAUCAUGAUUAUUUCGAUUUGUUUCCACCAAACAUAAUAUAUGUUAUAUUAAUGUGUUAUUAUGAAUUCAUUUAAUAAAAAGAAUGACUUUUAA